CUUUGCUGAAAAUUGUUUCUAUUUUUGUGAUACGGUUGCUUCUGUGUUUCUGUUUCUGACCGAGUUGUGGGAGAUCCAUAGCGGAAGAAUUUUGACACUUGCCGAUUGUGGUUUUUGAUGCGUGUGUUUUUAACGAUGUUGGCUUUGUAACUCUUGUGUAUUCGUUGUUUGGAUAAUAAAACGGAGUUUUGGCUCAUGAAGGAAUUGAAGAUGCCGGGAAUUGCGACGAACGGGGUUCAUGAUGAAGGGGGAGGUGAUGAGACGAAUGAGAACCCUGAUUCCUCCUCUAAGGAGGCCUUGAAUCCGGUUGGGUCGCCGAGGGGUUCUUCGAGUCCGCAAAGAGGCCAAGGUGGUGGUGCUGAUCAUGGGGGUGAUCGGGUGGCUGAGCCCUCCAUUGAACAGCUUUAUGAGAAUGUGUGUGACAUGCAGAGUUCUGAUCGGUCGCCGUCGAGGCAAAGCUUUGGAUCCGAUGGUGAUGAGUCUAGAAUUGAUUCGGAGUUGAGGCAUCUAGUUGGAGGAAGGAUGAGGGAGGUGGAGAUAAUGGAAGAGGAAGUGGGGGAGGGGAAAGGGCCAGAAGGGAGUUCAAGUAGUGAAAUAUCUUCUGGAUUGGGUGGUUUAUCCAAUGAUAAGAAGUUGGAUAAGGUGGAUGAGAUUAAGGAGAUUCAGCCUGCAGCUACUAGUUCUGGUUCUGGUUUUGAUUCCUCAGAAAAAUCUGCCAAAGCAGCAGCAUCGAAUUCUCAGGUGGAACCUGAUGCUUCUUCGCCCAAAUCGACAACCAAGGGAAAAAGUCCUCUUCCGAAAGCUCCUAUUCAGAGAAAGAAUGGUAGUAAGCCUUUGAGGAAACAGAUUAGUGGAGUUAGUAGAGUGAAGAAUACGAAGAAUUCUCCUGUGGGUAAGUCAGUGCCGCGAAACCGAGUUGAGAGUACGGCUCAGUCAGCAUUAGAGAGACCUGAACGGGCACCGUUUUUACUAAAGCAAGCCAGAGAUCUGAUCUCAUCAGGAGAUAAUCCGCAGAAGGCUCUUGAGUUAGGUCUUCAGGCAAUGAAACUGUUUGAGAAGCUUGGUAAUGGGAAACCAAGUUUGGAGCUGGUGAUGUGUUUACAUGUUAUAGCAGCAAUAUAUUGCAGCCUGGGUCAAUAUGGUGAUGCAAUUCCGAUUCUUGAGCGAUCAAUUGAGAUUCCUGUUAUUGAGGAAAGUCAACAGCACGCCCUUGCUAAAUUUGCCGGUCACAUGCAACUGGGAGAUACCUAUGCCAUGCUGGGACAGCUUGAGAAUUCAAUUUCAUGCUACACCACUGGGUUAGAAGUCCAAAGGCAGGUUUUGGGAGAGACAGACCCAAGAGUUGGUGAAACUUGUCGGUAUGUGGCUGAAGCUAAUGUUCAAGCUUUGCAAUUUGAUGAAGCAGAGAGGCUAUGUCAAAUGGCUCUUGACAUUCAUAAAGAAAAUAAUUCAGCUCCAUCUCUUGAAGAGGUAGCUGAUAGGAGGCUCAUGGGUCUUAUAUGUGAGACAAAGGGAAAUCACGAAGCAGCUCUUGAGCAUCUUGUUUUAGCCAGCAUGGCAAUGGUAGCUAAUGGCCAGGAAGCGGAAGUGGCGGCUGUUGACUGCAGCAUUGGAGACACUUACUUAUCCUUGUCUCGAUAUGAUGAGGCUGUCUUUGCAUAUCAGAAAGCGCUAACCGUUUUCAAGAACAGCAAAGGAGAGAAUCAUCCAACAGUGGGAUUAGUCUUUGUACGUUUGGCAGACUUGUAUAAUAGGACAGGGAAGAUAAGGGAAUCAAAAUCGUAUUGCGAGAGUGCGCUCAAAAUAUAUGAGAAUCCUAUGAGUGGAGUUCCUCCAGAGGAGAUUGCUAGUGGUUUUACGAGUAUUUCAACUAUCUAUGAGUCAAUGAAUGAGCUUGAACAGGCACUCAAGUUACUGCAGAAGGCACUGGAGAUAUAUAAUGAUGCCCCUGGUCAGCAAAGCACAAUAGCUGGAAUUGAAGCUCAGAUGGGAGUCAUGUACUACAUGUUGGGGAACUAUUCCGAAUCUUACAACACUUUGAAGGAUGCUAUUUCAAAGCUUCGUGCUAUUGGAGAAAAGAAAUCAUCCUUCUUUGGUAUUGCUCUUAAUCAAAUGGGACUUGCCUGUGUGCAGCGUUAUGCCUUAAACGAGGCUACAGAAUUAUUUGAAGAAGCAAAGAUUAUUUUGGAACAUGAGUAUGGACCGUAUCACCCAGAAACACUUGGGGUGUAUAGUAAUCUUGCUGGCACGUAUGAUGCAAUUGGCAGGUUGGAUGAUGCAAUUCAACUUCUGGAGUACGUCGUUAGCAUGAGGGAGGAGAAGCUUGGGACAGCAAACCCUGACGUGGAUGAUGAGAAGAGAAGGUUGGGUGAGUUGUUGAAGGAGGCAGGUAGAGUUCGGAGCAGAAAAGCCAGGUCACUUGAAAACCUUCUUGAUGGCAAUGCUCACACUGUAAACAACGUUGUCAUCAGUGCCUGACGAGGAUGUCUAUCAAUGACUCAUCAAACAAAAUCAGUGUUUUGCAGGAACUCGUAGUAGUGGAGCAAGCUAAAAUGUAGAAGAGAUAAACCUGUCCGGACACUAAAUUUAUUGGAUAUAAUUGAAUGAUUGAAGAGUGUUAUAGUUGAUCGGGUACAAAUUGGAAGAGUGUAAUUUUUGUGCUAAAUUAUUAUUUAAAAGCUAUGUUGUUGUUUAUAUGAUAUGAUGUAAUUAUGGUACAUAGAUACACCCCUUGUUUUGUGUAUACAACAUUUUUCUCAUGUUUCAAAUAUCACCAGAGAAGGUUUUUCUUCUCUCAUUGUUUGGAGACUACA